AUGUACAAACAAAAUAACCAAUUGUCUUUGUUUAUAAAGACGAUUACAAUUAUAGUUAUUGGAUCUUUGUUUUAUUUCAAUAAUGGUGUUGAUGGACAAGCCACAAGGUUUCCACUCACAGACCACUAUUACGGUCGAUUCGACUUUGUACUAAAUGCCACCCAAGCAAUUGCAAACUGUGGAGGAAGAAAUAUAUAUGGAGAUGUAGGAUAUUUGGCUACUAUAACAUCAUACGAAGAAUGGCAGUACAUACAGAGAUAUUUUUCUCCUACCCAAAACAAAUAUUGGGUAUCUGGGUCUGAUGAAGGAGAUAGAGGAAUGUGGAGAUAUCAAACAGGACCUGAAAAAGGAGAGUUACUUUAUAAUGCAUAUACUGAUAGAGCAUAUAGAUAUCAUUUAUUUACGGCUGAUGAACCAAAUUUAAUGGGAGCUGAAUAUUAUAUUGAAACUGUCAAUGAUACUUAUAGUGGAUACCAUUACAACAAUCUUGGUAACGGACCAACAAACUAUUUUAUUUGUGAAUGGGGUGGAUUGGAAAGACCAUAUCUUACACAGGUAGAGACGACUGGUGGUGUAGCUACAGUCAGGUUUCCAGUUGGAUCAACGUAUACCUAUUCCAACAUGACCAUCCUCUUUACCAGCGUUGACAAUCCAGCCGUCACAUUCCAAUGUGCCAACUUUACAGUCAUCAAUGCCACCAUAUCAACAUGUGUUGUUCCACCCGGCCAAGGAAGAUACCAAGUUACAUUCUUGUCUAGUCCUCCAGCUCUACCACACCCAUUGUAUUGGAUGUAUUCUCCAGCCUAUGUAACGUUUGCCAAACCAUCUUUGGUGGCUGGUGGAGCAGUCACUAUUGUCGGUGGGUCGUUUGGUACCGAUCCUUCGUUGGUCACUAUCUACUCGGGUAACAACAAGACACGUACAUGUGGAUCCGUUCAAUUUAUUCAAGGAUCCUAUCUCAACGAGACUGUAUUGACAUGUAUCUUGUCUGGUGCAGUCCCAACCUCUGCCACUUGGGAUAAAUUCCUACCAUUAACAUUUAAUAUUAGUGGUGUCAUUUCUUCCCAACAUAAAGUACCUCUUUAUGAUACUGGUACAAAUCAAUAUUAUUUAACAUGGAAAGCAAUGGUUAGUUGGACAUAUGCAAGAGAUACGGUUGCACCAAAAAUGAUUGCAGAUGGAUACGAAGGAAGAAUGAGUUAUAUCGAGACACAAGCAAUGUACAACUUUUUGAAUCGAUCAAUGGCACCUAUUUCACCAGAUGCUUCCAAUUCACUCAACAUUUGGCAGGGCGUCAGGUUCUCUGAGAUUGCCAAUCUGUACACUAUCGUGCAGGGACCACGUGCAGGCACCAAUAUCACCUUGUAUGCCACACAGGUGCCAACAGGCUUGCAAAACAGACAAACUCCCUAUUUUGUCCAACUCACCGAUGACACGUUGCGUAAUCCUCUCCAAGUAUACUGGUCGAAUCAAGAACAAGGUGUGUUUUACGAGUAUGGUGGCAUCAGUCCCGUGUUUAUUGCAACACAGACAUUCACUUCGCCAACCAGUGGAAUGCUGGUAAAGAUCAAGCUCAAUGUCUACGGAGCCUACUUUAGCACGGUGACUGUAAAUCUCAAGGGUAUACCAAUCGCAUUCAACCGUACCAAUGUGCGUGGAGAGAUUGAUGUGGCCAUUCCAGCUGGAUCGGGUGGUCCCCAUUCAUUGAGUGUUACUAUCGACGGUAUGACCACACCUGCCAACACACAAUUUGUGCAAUACAUUGCACCUGCCAUCACAGGCAUGUCACCUCUUCCCUCUACAAACGGAUCGCUUAUUACAGUGACUGGAACCAACUUGUUUAACAAUCCUGCACUCAUUUUAGCAUGCUCGGCUAUUGACGUGUCGUCACCACACACACAACUCGUCUGUCUACUCCCACCCCAACAGGGUAACUACAGCCUUGUCGUCACCGUCUCGUAUAUCUCGUCCGAGCCAUAUGCAUUUGCAUACGAUUCAGUGACCGUUAGCAGUAUCACUCAAAUUGCCGAUUACCUUGAAAUCGUCGGCACCAACUUUGGCAAUAAUCUUGCGUUCCUCGGUGUUGCCAUCGGUGCUGUCAGCAUUAAAUCAUCGUGUCUUGGAAACAACACGUAUGUGCUGUGUAACCCAGUACCGCAGAGUACCGUAUCGGGUGAUUUGGUCUUCACUGGCAGUGCUAUCGCUCCUCCACCCGUGCCAUUCUACUUUACACCCGUUUUGACGUCCUUGUCUACCGUGUUGUUCCCAACAGCCGGUGGACUGGUCGUUGUACAUGGUCGUUAUUUCGAACCGACUGUCUAUGGCUCCGUCGACAAUAGUCUGGUCGUGAUUGACAAUAAUAUUGUCAAUACCAACAUUGGAUAUCAGUCACUCACCACACUCAACUACCAUAUACUUGCUGGCACUGGUAUCAACCGCCAGUUAUUAGUUCAAGCUGGUGGGUCGAGAAACUCGACCGUCUUUUUAUACUCGUUCCAACCACCAACCGUCACCUCGUACAGUAUGGAUCCUGUCACAGACACCAUCACAGCAGUUGGUACCAACUUUGGUGCAGACAAUACCACUAUCACAUUCCAAAUGGCUGGAUUAAAAGCAAGAAAUGUUGUCAUUCAAACACCACAUACCACCGCAUCAUUUGUCAUUCAGAAUCAAUCAUUGUCUGGUGACUUGUUGGUCAAUGUCGAUGGUCAGACUGUCACCUUUAACAACCUCAACCUGACUCCUCUCAUCACCUACACCACUCUCCCAUCUGUAGACGGUGGUGUAUUUUUAGUGUACGGUAAAUACCUGUCUCAGAUUGACCAGAGUGGUACCAAUACAGGUAUCUCGUUUAGUGUGAGUGCGAGUACCACAACAACCGCCGUACCAUGUACAUUCAUUGCGAUUGUCAAUGGGUUAUACAGCUACCAAUGUACCAUUGGUAGUGGGUCGGGUCAAUUCACAACCAAAGCGAGUGUUCGUGGAGUUGAUUCUGCCCCAUAUGGUAUGUCGUACCAGUACCCAGCCAUCACAUCGGUCAGCUCCAUCACCUACAGGGAACCAGGUGAGAUUACACUGUUUGGUACCAACUUUGCUGCAACAGGACUGUUGGUGACAAUUGGUAACUCGUCGACACAAACCAGUAUCUGUACAGCACCACAAGUCAUCGGCUCGACCAUCAUCACAUGUCACUAUGACGCUAGUUUGAUUGCAACCGGUCCACUACCAGUCAAAGUGGUUGUAAAUGGUUUAGAGGGAUCUAAAGAUGACGCAUUUGUAUAUACCAAUAUCCAAGUAUCGGGUGUCACCCAAAUCAACGACGGUCUAGUCAUACAAGGAUUAAACUUUGGAAAUGUCUCAAAUUUACAAUUGUUUAUUGGUACUGUAGAGAUUACAUCCUUUACUGGAAACAAUACAGUCAUCACUUGUAAUACAUUACCUCUGGCUGUAUCAAGUGGAGUAUUGUCAAUUGACAAUGGAUUGGUAAAGGUUGAAUUCCAACCAAUUUACUUUACUCCAUACCUAGUGUCAUUGUCAGACGUAGUACUUGAAACGGUCGGUCAAAACGUGACUAUUCAAGGUAGAUUCUUUGAAACCGAGUCGAUGGGACAAAACAAUACAGUCUAUGUCAUCAAUAAUGGAGAGCCACCCGUUCAAGGCCCUACCAUUCAAGUGAUUGAUUCUCAAACCAUUAUCUACUCUGUACCAGGUGCCACUGGAACAGGUUUGGCAAUUGCCAUCAAGAUUGAAUCAAGAGUAUCAAAUGAACUCAUCUACUCGUUUGUAGCACCUACACUCGAUUCAUUGCAACAACAACAAUACACAUUAUUUGUAUUUGGUCAAUCUUUUGGUCAACUAUCACAAAAUAUUCAAGUUUUGUUUGGUAGUCUAACAAUCACCCCGACUAGUGUAAAUGACACUACACUAGAGAUUAAUCUUCCAAUUGAAUCUGUCAAUGCUAAUCUAUCAAUUAGUGUCAGUGGACAGAUAUCAACAAAUACAUUGACAGUAUCACUUGUCCCGAUUAUUUCUCAAGUCAGUCCACUCGCUUUAACGACCGGUACAAAUAUAACUAUUACAGGUGACUACCUCAGUCCUGUUGAUAAUGCUUCAUCGGAUAUCCAGAUGAGCUUCUCUGCAACACUGCUCGGUAGCGGAGUCGACAAUAUACUGUCUUGUUACUACUUGUCAAGUGUCGCUCCCUAUUCAGUGGUAUGCGCGAUGAUUCAAGGAUACGGGUACUAUGACUUGACAGCCUAUUACUCGGCCACCUAUAGUGAUCCCCUCCACACAUCGUAUGCACCACCCGUCAUUGUUACAUCGACAUCACUGUUUUUCAACAAACCUGGCAACAUCACCAUCUCGGGUGACUCUUUCUCAUCCAACAAUCUCCAAGUAUUUGUCGGAACCAACGACGUCAAUGCUACCUGUACCAAUGCCACCCUUCUCGAUUUUGAAACCAUCGAAUGUUACUAUAGUGCAGAUAUUCGACAGGUUGGAUCAGACAUUCACUUCCCCCUCAACAUUACGGUUGGUUGUGGUGGUUUGGUUGGACAAAACAAUGUAUUCCUCUACUAUGAAAACUACAAGUGUCCAGGUACACCUGCAGCAUGUAGUGGUAAAGGACAAUGUCAAGAGACUACCGGAUACUGUACUUGUAACACUGGAUUCUCUGGUUGGGACUGUUCGAUCGAGGUUAAUCACCAGACACCACCCACUCUACCACCAUACACCAACUCGUCGGAUGGUUCGGGUAAACUCCCAACUGGAUACUCGCCACUCGAAUACCAAGUUAGAAUAGCCUACCUACGUGAGAUUACAAGUCUGUCCAAUGGUAGUGCCACUGUUCAUACACUCGCCAUGACCAACAUUACAUGGUUACUACCUACAGUCAUCACAACCAACACUACCCUAUUUAGUGGUUACUGGAAUGACACUACGGUUGGAAACGUACAGUUGUCAUUCAAUGUAACACAUAUUGAACAACCAAGAAACGUGUCUUUUGCAGGUGUGUCUAUGCCAGCUGACGCCAAUUCUAUAAAGUAUACAGUAAAGGUUGAUAAUUGGGUCUUUUCAGAUUCACUCAAUCGUUUAGAGAUACUAUUUGCAACGACCACCUCUGCCACUACAGUCUACAAUUGUUCACAGUCCAAAACAUCGUUUUCAAGUAAUGCAUUAGACACUAGUAGUGGUGGUGGAUUACAAACAAGUUAUUUCACCAACUUGGUUAUCAAUACUGGACCGGCUGUACUAAAUAUUCGAUUUGCCGAUCGUCUCAUACUCGACAAUGACAUUAUCAAGUCAAAUACCGCUGUGCUCCUUGCCAACGACACACUCUACCAAUUGUACAACCAAGAACAAAAUAUCAACACGACUGAAACCUAUACACUCUUGUCAUCCAUCAUCACACCUAGUUUCUCACACAAUGUAAUUGUCGAUCCUUUAUUUAGUACAGUGUCACGAGCCAAUUACAAUCAAACCUGUUAUGUCCCUCCAAGUAGCAGUGAUAGUCGUGGUGGUAAUACCGGUGGUGGAAACGAUGAACCAGGUUGGAAACUCCCUGUUAUCAUUGCAUGUAGUGUUGCCGGUGGUAUUUUAGCAUUAGCAAUUGCAGCAGUCAUUAUCAAAAAGAAUGCAUUUAAAAAUAAUGAUAGUAUCAAAUUAAAAGGUUGGAGUGCCAACAAGGCUUAUUCAGGUCCAAAUGGUGGUACAGCUGCUGGUCAAUAA